AGACCCGGUAGAGGCCCACAGCAUGUCCUCCAAAGUUUACUCCACAGGCUCCAGAGCCAAGGACCACCAGCCCACGGGUGUGGAGUGUCUGCCACUCCCAGAGGCCAACGCUGAAGCCAUCGACUUCCUCAGCUCCCUCCAUGAGGAGGAGCUACAGAUGCUGUUCUUCUCUGAGUCGCUGGCCAUGGUCUCAGACACCGGAGAGCCUCAGGGAGAGCUGACCAUUGAGGUGCAGAGAGGGAAAUACCAGGAAAAACUCGGCGUGCUGACAUCCUGCCUUUUCGUGCAUGCCUUCAGCAGAGGCUUCUUGGAUAAAAUGCUCUGCGGAAAUUCCCUCCUGGGCUAUCUCUCAGAGAAGCUGGAGCUCAUGGAACAGCACAGCCAAGACUUCAUCAAGUUCCUCAUCCUCCCCAUGGAACGGAAGACGAGUUUGCUGAAGCAAGAUGAUCAGCUGGCUGUGACCAGAAGCAUCAAGGAGGGUGAGGAAGUGAAGACUGGAGUGACUUCUUUCCCGUGGAGCUCAAUCAAGGGCUUCGUCUCAGAGGCUGCCAACCUGGUGCUGCUCAGGGUGAUGGCCUGGCGGCGGAUGGUGCCCAGCAACGCCCGCUUCCUGGCCUUGGACACCGAGGGCAAACUCUGCUAUUUGACCUAUGUGAGGGGUAUUGAUAUGAUUGCUACACUGGGGAAAAGGCACCUGGCCAAGAGAAUACAGGUGGGCUCCCCAGGAUGCUGCAUCAUCACCAAGAUGCCCAUCUUGAGGGAAGUGGAUGAGAUUGAGCCACGCCCAGUGUUUGAGAAGAAGCCCCCGGUGUGGGAGGAGGAUAUGGAGCUCUAUUCGAAGUUCCUGGACCGUAAGGAGGAGCUCCGGCUCGGCCACGCCAGCUAUCUGCGGCAGCACCCCGAAGCCCACGCGCUCAUCUCCGACUUCCUGCUCUUCCUGCUGCUGCGCCAGCCGGAGGACGUGGUCACCUUCGCCGCCGAGUUCUUCGGCCCCUUCGACCCGCGACGUCCGUCGUCACCGGCCUUGGGCUCCUCCCACCGGCCCAACCCUUUCCCUAGCACUCAUGCUCAGCUCCUCCUGGUUCCCACUGACACACAGGAACCCCCAGACUCCGGAGGUGGGGGGUCCGAGAGUAAAAAUAAUGGGCAGAUGAUCGUCACAUCCUCUGGGCUCAUCGUGGAACACCCCAGAGAGGCUUUGCUCUCUAGCGGACAGUAUGACCAGACACCUACAAGGCUGGGUGGGAUCCGGGGCGGGGGAGGACCCGAGAAUCACGGAGAAAAGGCUUCAUGA